UGCUGCUGGUGCUGGUGCUGUUGUUGCGGCUGCAGCUCACGGGGUGUCCUGCAAGGGGGAUUCGGAGCCGGAGCCCGAGGCGAGAGCGAGCAGUGAGGAGACGGGGAAAGGGAGAACCGGAGGAAGGGGGGACGGCGGCGGCGGCUGCGGGCGGGGGGCAGAGACUCUUUCACUUUUUGGAUUUCCCCGAGUUCCCCCUCCCACCCCGUGCGCGCACACACCCCCCCUUUUUUCCUGUGAGCCUGGGGAACUUGCAGUUCAAAGCCAGCCACCCCCACGGCAACAUGUACCCCAGCAACAGGAAGAAAAAGGUGUGGAAAGAGGAGAAAGAACGUUUACUGAAGAUGACCUUGGAAGAGAGACGAAAAGAAUACGUGAGGGAUUAUGUUCCUUUGAAAGACAUUCCAUCAUGGAAGGAAGAAAUGAAGAGCAAAAGCCAGAAUGACGAAGAAAGUGUCCAGGAAAUUUCACAAGUGAAGAAAAGUUUGAGUGAAAAAGUUUCUCUCUAUCGAGGUGACAUCACAUUGCUUGAAAUUGAUGCCAUAGUCAAUGCAGCAAAUGCCAGCCUUCUUGGAGGAGGAGGGGUGGAUGGCUGUAUUCAUAGAGCAGCUGGGCCCUGUCUGGUUGCUGAAUGCCGUAAUUUGAGUGGCUGUGAGACUGGACAAGCCAAGAUCACGUGUGGGUAUGACCUGCCAGCAAAAUAUGUCAUCCACACUGUGGGACCUAUAGCCAGGGGUCACAUCAGUGAUUCUCAUAAAGAAGACCUUGCAAAUUGCUAUAAAUCUUCUCUGAAGUUGGCAAAAGAAAAUAAUAUCAGAUCAAUUGCAUUCCCCUGUAUUUCCACAGGAAUUUAUGGAUUUCCAAAUGAGCCAGCUGCAACUGUAGCCCUAACCACCAUCAAGGAAUGGCUAAAUAGGAAUCAUCAUGAGAUGGACCGGAUCAUCUUUUGUGUCUUCUUGGAAGUUGACUUCAAAAUUUUCAAGAAGAAAAUGAGUGAAUAUUUCCCUAUAGAGGGGCUAGAAGCAAAGGGACUUUCUCCUCCUCCCAAGAAGAGCAAAGCAAAGAAGCCAGAAAAUGUGAAGGAAUCUAAUGAGGAUGAGAAUGGUACAGAAGAGAAGCCAAGCUCAGAGGAAAUGGAAGGCUGCAGCCAAGGAGCAGAUGAGGCACAACCUCCCACCGCACCCAGCCCUUCAUCAGAAGAAGCUGUCGAAGCCAGCAAGGAUAAAGAUUCUACCACAGAUGCCGGUGUUAUACAAGAGGAUGACGUCACCCAUGGCUCAGCACAUGACCAAGAUCCUGCUGAAGGACAUGAUGAUGACUCAAUGAAGAAUGAAAUGAAAAUUGAGACUGAAUCCCAGAGCUCAUACAUGGAAACGGAAGAACCUCUAUCAAAUCAAGAAGAUGCCCCAGUUGUUCCAAAUCCUGAAGUUACUACAGCCACUGAUGACAAAGAAGAAAAAGAAAAUGAAAAAGAAAGAGCAGUGCAAGAAGGGAAGCCAUCAGCAGAGCAAGUCGGUGCUGGAGAUGCCUGCCUUGUGGAAAACACUGCAAGCCCAGAUGUUGAAAUGAAUAGCCAGGUUGAAAGUAUAACUGCUGACCCAACAGAGAGUCAACAAGAAGAUUAACUCAAACAGAUGAACAAGAUGAGGCAAAAGAAUGAAAUGACAUGGCGGCCCUUAGCAAUGUAUGGCAUCUGAUGGCAUCGGUGAAGCGGAG